GGGGUUGGAUUGGAUGACCUUAGAGAUCUUUUCCAACCUUAAUGAUUCUGUAAUUCUGUGUAAAUAUGAUUGCAUUAUCCAGAAGUGUCUCUUUUCUACACACAGAAAGUUGACACAUAUUUUUCUGCCAUUUAAUUGAGUGAACUGGCUUCAAUAACCUUAACUUGAAGAGCUUUUUGAUGGUAUGAUUUAAUCUUCCCACAAACACCCUCUUGAAGUCCCUAAGCAGGCACUUAUAAGGCAGCCAGGCUGUUUGUACACUCCAUCUCGAGUGCUGUGUCAACUCCUGACAAAAGGAUGUAGCAUAAAUAUCAAAGGUUGAGAGGUGAAUGGUGAAUCAAAACCAAGUAGAGCAAAGAACUUCUUUCUCUUAAAGGAGAAUGAAAAGCAUGGGAAAUAAGAAACAUGAUAAAAAGGACAAAGGCAAGUUUCAGAAACCUACAGAGAUUUGGAAAAGCAGCUUUUUCAGGUACCCUGUAGUACCUGUAAGCUGCCUUUCUUUAUCAUGCCACAGUGAUGGGAUGCUCACUGAAGUCAGAACAUACCGUCUUCAGGCUGAAGAAGGAAGUUUUCUUUGUCAGAAGAGAAAACUAAUUAAAAGCUGUUCUUCAACAACUUAAUAGAAUUUGAAAACAUGCUCUGUAUUCUAAAACAGAGAUCUGAGGAGGAUGAGACAAAGCACCUUCUUCAGCUCAGCAAGGAGAUUCUGUCAGAAGGAGCUGGAGAAGCUGUCCCAGAGCAGCUGGAUCACAACGAGGAGGAGCUGAUUCUUGCUGAAUAUGAGAGUGAUGAAGAAAAGAAAGUGACAUCUGGGCUGGAGGAAGAUGAUAACAAUGAUUUGGAAGAAGAACAUGUGACGAAGAUUUACUACUGCAGCCGCACUCACUCCCAGCUGUCUCAGUUUGUGCAUGAAGUGCAAAAAAGUCCUUUUGGCAAAGACACGCGUCUGGUCUCCUUGGGAUCCAGGCAGAACCUGUGUGUGAAUGAGGAGGUACGCCGCUUGGGGGCUCUGCAGCUCAUCAAUGAUCGCUGCACGGAGAUGCAAAAGAACAAACAUGAAAAGAAGAGCGAUGCAGAGGUCGAAGGGAAGAAGAGACGUGUGAGUCGCGCUGUGUGCCCAUUUUAUUCCUAUGAGCAAAUGCAGUUUCUCCGUGAUGAAGUUCUAGUGGAAGUGAAGGAUAUUGAGCAGCUGGUGACUUUGGGAAAGGAGACCAAAGCCUGCCCCUAUUAUGGGAGUCGAUACGCCAUUCCUGCUGCUCAGCUGGUGGUGCUGCCCUACCAGAUGCUCUUGCAUGAGGCCACCAGGAGCGCUGCAGGGAUCAUCCUGAAGGACCAGGUUGUAAUCAUCGAUGAGGCCCACAACCUCAUAGACACUAUAACCUGUAUCCAUAGCGUGGAGGUCAGUGGCUCUCAGCUGUGCUGUGCCCACUCCCAGCUGCUGCAGUAUAUGGAGCGAUACAGGAAACGUUUGAAGGCAAAGAACUUGAUGUACAUUAAGCAGAUCCUGUAUUUGCUGGAGCGGUUUGUAGUCAUGCUGGGAGGAAAUGUGAACCAAAAUCCGAGCUGCCAGGCAGUUUCCCAAACAGGGACAGAGCUGAAAUCCAUCAACGACUUCCUGUUUCAGAGCCAGAUUGACAAUAUCAACCUCUUCAAGGUGCAGCGUUACUGUGAGAAGAGCCUCAUCAGUAGGAAGCUUUUUGGAUUUGUGGAGCGAUACGGCAAUCCUGCCCCAGCUGUGAAGACCAACAAGGAGAACCAGAAGCUGGCUGGUUUGCAGAACUUCCUUAUGACUCUCCAACAAGGAUCUUAUAAGGAGGGCCCUCUCCAGAGCCCUCCCGUGGAGGCUGACAAUGACCAUUUCCAAGCUGCCUCUCCCCUGAUGCACAUCGAGGGAUUUCUCUCAGCCCUCACGAAUGCAAAUGAAGAUGGUCGUGUCAUUCUCAAUAGGCAAGGCACUAUUGGUCAGAGCAGCCUCAAAUUCCUCUUGCUGAAUCCAGCUGUCCACUUUGCCAAGGUGGUGAAAGAAUGCCGUGCUGUAAUCAUUGCUGGGGGCACCAUGCAGCCGGUGGCUGAUUUCCGAGAGCAGCUGCUGUCCUGUGCUGGUGUGGAUCCUGCACGCAUCGUGGAGUUCUCUUGUGGACACGUGAUCCCUCCAGAAAACAUUUUACCUAUGGUCCUCUGUAGUGGUCCUUCCAACCAGCAGCUGGAGUUCACCUACCAGACAAGAGAUCUGCCCCAGAUGAUGGAUGAGACAGGCCGAAUCCUCUGCAACCUGUGCAAUGUGGUCCCAGGAGGUGUGGUGUGCUUCUUCCCCUCCUAUGACUAUGAGAAGCAGGUGUAUGCGCACUGGGAGAAAGCAGGGCUGCUCACCCGCUUGGCAACUAAGAAGAAGAUCUUUCAGGAGCCCAAGAAAGCCAACCAGGUGGAGCAGGUGCUGGCGGAGUAUGCCAAGUGCAUAAAGCGGUGCAGCCAGGCUGGAGGCCAGAUGACUGGGGCCCUGCUGCUUUCUGUAGUUGGAGGCAAAAUGAGUGAAGGGAUCAACUUCUCGGAUGACCUGGGAAGGUGUGUGAUUAUGGUGGGAAUGCCUUACCCCAACAUUAAAUCUCCAGAGCUUCAAGAGAAAAUGACUUGGCUUGAUAAAACAAUGCCAAGAGCUGCUAGCCAGGCACCUAGCAGAGUGCUGAUUGAAAACCUGUGCAUGAAGGCAGUAAACCAGUCAAUAGGAAGAGCCAUUCGCCACCAGAAGGACUUUGCAAGCAUCCUGCUCCUGGACCACAGGUACGCACGCCCUGCCAUCCUUAACAAGCUGCCACAGUGGAUCAGGGAGAGAAUCCAAGUCAAGUCUGCCUUUGGAUCAGCUUUUGCAGAGUUAAGAAAGGUCAGAACUUGUUUCUCACAUACUGUUGCAGAAACUUUUCCACUGUAUUCAUUUGUAUUUUCUUCAGACCUUCAGUUUGGUGCUUUAGUGUUAGUUUGUCCCUGACCUUAUCUAGUUUCAUGUGCUCCUAGUUCCACCGAGGGAAAUCAGACUGAUGCAGACCAGAGAAGCCGGCUGUAAGUCAACUGUGUGAUCCACACCUUUUGAAGAACACCCAAAGCAACACAGGUUCCUGUUCUUCUGUUCCAAGUAGUUUGUUAAUGUCCUCUCUGCCCAUUUUGGUUGUCGUUCAGUAUGAGCACUUGGCCUUCACCAACACAUUAGGGAAACUGGUUGCAGGACUGACACUGGUGAAGGUAGCAGGAGGCUCCUACUUGUUUACAACUGUUAAGAUUUUAUGUAAGUCUAUUAAAUAUUUUCAAGCCAGACA